AAUCAUCAGUCGCUCAGUUCUUCCACAACAGCAUCAGCUACAUUCGCUUUCGUAAACCAAACCUUUAUAAACCAAAUAUCUCGCCAUGAACUUCAACAAGAUCUUCGUUUUCGUCGCCCUCAUUCUGGCCAUCAGCUUGGGACAGUCGGAGGCUGGCUGGUUGAAGAAAAUUGGCAAAAAAAUUGAACGCGUUGGCCAGCACACUCGGGAUGCCACCAUUCAAGGUCUAGGAGUUGCUCAACAAGCCGCCAAUGUCGCAGCUACUGCUAGAGGAUGAAGAAACCCUAUAUACCCCUUAUUAAAAGCCUAUACCUUAUAAUACCUAAUUUAUUAUUUUCCAAAUGUAUUGUUUUAUGUAAAUAAAAAAUCCCUUGUAUAUAUUUCAAAUAA